AUGUUCUCGAUUACUCUUCCUGUUUCUGAGAACUUCUUACCAGCCAGUGACCUCAAAACCUUCCAACUAGUUCGGGUCAAAACUGUGCUGUUGAUAUCGAUUCCAAUGAAAGGUGCAAAUCAAUCAACUACCCGCUUGCUAACUGAGCAAAUGGAAAUUCAGAAAGUCGAACAGGUGAUAAAAGCGUUCAAUUAUUGA